AUGGGCAUAAAAAGAGAGGCCACGGUAGAGGAAGCUCUCAUGAGGGAUAAAAGAAGGAGAAGCUAUCGUUCAAGGGUGUUAAAUGAGGUUGAAACAGAAAUGGAGGCUCAAAAAAAGAAGUUGAGAGUGGAUGUGGAGGAUGUAAACAUAUGGAGGUGUGGAUCAGGAUACAAACAAAAAUUCUCGACUCAUGAAACUUGGUGGCCGUUAAGAAAUACGAGGGAGAUGUGUAGUUGGUCACGAAGUAUCUGGUUUCCGUGGGCAACUCUUAAAUUUGCUUUUGUUGCUUGGCUUUCUGCUAGUAACAGACUGUCAACUAUGGAUAGGAUAAUACAGUGGGAUUCAGGUGCAGUUUGGGAGUAUCUAACGAAAGGGAUAUUGCUUUGUGACUAUACAAAUGUCUGGGCAAAUAUAUUGGAGAUCAUUUCUGAUGAGAGUAUGGAGAAGAAGAAGAGGUUCUGUUUGAGAUAUGCUCUGCAGUCUGCGUUACAUGUUAUAUGGAGGGAGAGAAAUAAGAUAAAGCAUGAAGAGAAGCCAAUGCCAGUUGGGGCAGUUAUGAAAAUGGUAGAGAAAGGUGUAAGGAACAAGCUGAGUGUGAUGAAAUCAAAAAGAGCAAAAGGGUGGGAGAAUGGUUUACAAUUUUGGUUCAGCACUAGACUUUAA